AAGGAAGAAGGGGAAGGUUGCAGCGGCGAGUGGCGACACGUGAGCCAGCAGAAGGUGUCAACAAAGCGUGAGUGGCCCGGUGCUGCCUUUCAAGUUCUCCCUGUGCCUGUGUCUGUGCCCUCGCCUGGCGCCUCACGAUGACGAAGAGUGCCAGGGCCAAGAAAGCCAAGAAGGCAGACUUCGCUAAGGUAAAACUGAAGGUUGGCAAGAGACUGAAGAAGGCGCAGAAUGAGACGAGGGCUGAAUUCAAGGCUCGUAAGAUCACCCUGAAGGAGCAGCUGACGAGAAAAAGUGAGGAGGAGUUACUCACAAGGAAGAAGCGUAACAUUAAGGAUCUCUUGACCUGUGUGGGCAACACCAACACUUAUGUGCGGCAAGAUGGCCUCAAUGGCUUGUUGGAGUUGGUGAAGAACAAUGAGAUGGAGGUGCUGCUGCCCAAGCUAUCCCAGAUUAUCAGUGGCGUGGCACCAUGUGUGUUUGACAUUGACGUACUCAUCCGAUCAGCCACCAUCAAGUUCAUUGAAACAUUACUACUGAAGGUUGGCAGUCAUGUUGAGCCAUACUUUAGUGUGCUGGCAACCCAUCUGUCAUGUGCCAUGGUACACCUCAAUACUGGGGUGCAGGCUGACUCUUUGCGCCUCAUAAACCUCUUUGUUAGACACACCCCGACACUCCUUGCUCGUCAUGCCAACACUCUCAUCAAUAACUUUAUCAAUCUCAUCUCCAGGAAGGCACUCAUCUCACAGACGGGUCCAAGCAAGAGGGAAAUGUGUGUGGAUUUCACUCGCAUGCUACACACUAACCCAAGCAAUAGACUCACCACACACAAAGGACAUGUGGAGCUCCUGCAGGAAUUGUCGGGAUUCCUGGAGGUCGUACUGAAGGAGCAAGGUCAAGUAGAGGAACAGGUGCCCCUAACAAUGUGGGAGCGAUUGAUGGCUGGCAGUUUGGCACCCACAGGUUGGGACAGCACAAGUCGAGACACCAUGCAAAACACUUGGCUCUUCUCAGACCCACAACAGCUGAAAAAGUUUGUCCAGGAUGUUGUUCCCUUACUGUUUCAAGUGUGGGCUGAGGUGGAUCCCAAGAACCAUGAGGGAAUGGAAGAGGAUAAUCUACUGAGUGAGGAGGGAGUGAAAGCUCUGGCUUCCAUCGUGAACAUCAUUGCUCAUCUGAUGAACAUCACCCAAUUGUGCACCAAGCAGCAGCCUAAAGAGUGUGAUUGGUUUGUUUGGCAACUUAACUCCCAGUACAUGUCCAAGAUAAUGUCCGGCUUUCCAUACUACCGUCAUACAAGUCGAAUGAAGAUCAAGAAAAAGAAAAACAAACCAACUGACAAGGCAGAGGAGAAUGUGGAUGAACACGGCAUCAGACAUUGUAUCCAACUCAAUGUAACGUUGGCAUCCCUGGCCACACAGCUCUCUCCCUCCAAUCACUUCCAAGAGAAGGCUAUUACUUUUAUGUCAAAGGUGCUGUUAGACAAGACUCAUGAUGGUGAGUACAACAUGGGUGCAGUGGUCAAAGUCUUACUGCACCUCCUGCCCCAAGCUGAUGAGCAGGAGGCAGAGUCACUGGUAAGCAGUGUAUUCACCUGCUACAAGCGUCUUCGUCCCCUUAGAAAGGACCGUACUCUCCUCCUUCAAGUGUUACUGGCUGCCACACACAUCACAAACCCCACCAUAUGGAAAUGCAGGAGUGUGGAGUCAUGGGUGAAGCAGAUGGUGGAGGAGCUAGCACAUGUAGAGGUGCAAGAGGGAGUCUUGGAGACAGCUAUCACUCUCAGGCUACAGAACAACACCUGUCUCAACCGCCUUCUUGCAGUACACAGGCAGCAGAUAAUGGAAAACCUGCAGCAGAGGGAGGUGCCAGGAAUGACUAAGAGUGCUGUUUCCAAAAGAUUGCAACUCUUAUUGAAAGAUACAUGAGACUGAAGUGUUUUUAACUAGUCUUGUGCCAUCUUGGAAUUGGAACAUAACUAAGUUAUUUUUUUAUAAUUAAUAAAAUCUUGUUUUAAUGAA